CAAGAUUUUAAUUCUUCUAUAGGUAAUAUAUAUUUUCUUGUGUUUGAAGUCAAAACCGCUUAGAGUUUUGACUUCUUCUAUUGGUUUGAGAGUUUUCAUUUUCGUUUUGGUUAGUAAAAAUGGAUGGAAGUGACAUUUAUAAAGCUAGUAGGAGUAUAAGGUUUGGUAGUUUAAGAGCAGCUAGUAAUGGAAGAAUGGGGAGUUUAAGAUCUGGAAGUAGUUCUAUAUGGAGGAACUCGGGAAUGGAUGUUUUUUCAAGAUCUGUCCGCGAAGAGGAUGAUGAAGAAGCUCUUAAAUGGGCUUCCAUCGAGAAACUCCCAACAUUUAAUCGUUUAAAGAAAGGCUUGCUCUUUGGGUCAAGUGGACCUUCACAAGAAGUUGAUGUAGACAAUCUUAGUUUUGUAGAUCGAAAGCGAUUACUUGAUAGGCUUGUAAAUGUUGCUGAUGAUGAUAAUGAGAAGUUUUUGUUGAAGCUCAGGAACAGAAUUGACAGGGUUGGGAUCGAAUUACCUACCAUUGAAGUCAAGUAUGAGCAUUUGACAGUGGAGGCAGAUGUGAACACUGGAAGCAGAGCUUUACCUAGUUUUAUAAAUUUCCACAUUGAUAUCUUUGAAAUAUUCUUGAGCUUAUUCCGCCUGCUGCCUAAUUCGAAAAAGCAUAUAACCAUCCUUGACGAUAUUAGUGGGAUCAUCAAGCCUAGUAGAAUGACUUUACUUUUGGGCCCUCCGAGUUCUGGAAAAACAACAUUGUUGUUAGCCUUGGCUGGCAAGCUCGAUAAGAAACUUAAAAGCUCUGGGAGGGUGACAUAUAACGGCCAUAAGUUAAAUGAGUUUGUACCUGAAAGAACCUCUGCUUAUAUUAGUCAAAACGAUGUUCAUAUUGGAGAAAUGACUGUUAGAGAAACCCUGGCAUUUUCUGCACGAUGCCAAGGGAUCGGAACACGUUAUGAAAUGUUGGCUGAGUUAUUAAGAAGAGAGAAAGAUGCAAACAUCAAACCUGAUCCAGAUAUUGAUGUUUUCAUGAAGGCAGCUGCAUCGGAAGGUCAAGAGGCAAAUGUAGUGACAGAUUACGCUCUCAAGUUGUUGGGGUUGGAUAUUUGUGCAGAUACUAUGGUAGGCGAUCAAAUGAUAAGAGGUAUCUCAGGCGGCCAAAGGAAGCGUGUUACAACAGGUGAAAUGAUAGUUGGACCAUCAAAGGUUCUUCUUAUGGAUGAGAUAUCUACCGGUUUGGACAGUUCUACAACUUUCCAAAUUGUGAAAUCGCUCAAACAACUUACUCAUAUCCUUGAAGGAACUACUGUCAUUUCACUUCUCCAGCCAGCACCCGAGACAUAUGAUUUAUUUGAUGACAUUAUCCUUUUAACUGAGGGGAAAAUAGUUUACCAAGGACCACGGGACAAUGUGCUUGAUUUUUUUAAAUUUAUGGGGUUCCAAUGCCCUGAGAGAAAAGGUGUUGCUGACUUCUUGCAAGAAGUGACUUCUAAGAAAGAUCAACAACAAUACUGGAUGAGAAGAAGCCAGAACUACAGAUUUGUGACUGCCAAGGAAUUUUCCGACUCUUUCCAGUCUUUCCAUAUUGGGAAGAGGCUCAAGGAUGAUGUUGGAACCCCAUAUGACAAAAGUAAAAGCCACCCAGCCGCUCUUACCACCGAGAACUAUGGUUUAAAUAAAAAAGAGCUUCUGAAAGCAUGCAUUGAUAGAGAGAUCUUGCUUGUUAAGAGAAAUUCAUUUGUUUACAUCUUCAAAUUAUCCCAGUUAUUUAUCAUGGCAGUCAUGUCCAUGACUGUGUUUUUCCGAACUAAGAUGCAUAGAGAUGAUAUAGAAGAUGGCGGGAUAUAUACUGGUGCUCUGUUUUUCGGUGUGGCUAUGAUCAUGUUUAAUGGGAUGUCUGAGAUUCCAAUGACAAUUGCAAAGCUUCCUGUAUUCUACAAGCAAAGAGACUUCUAUUUUUACCCUUCGUGGGCCUACGCUCUUCCAUCAUGGGUCGUCAAGAUUCCGGUUUCUUUCCUAGAAGCUGGCCUAUGGACAAUUCUCACUUACUAUGUUAUAGGAUUUGAUCCCAAGAUCACAAGAUUCUUCCGACAAUAUCUUUUACUUUUACUUAUUAACCAGGUGUCUUCUGCAUUGUUUCGAUCUAUCGGGGCAUUAGGUCGGAACAUGAUUGUUGCAAACACUUUCGGUUCAUUUGCACUUCUCUUGAUCUUUGCAUUGGGUGGCUUUGUCCUAGUACGAGAUGAUGUGAAGAAGUGGUGGAUAUGGGGAUACUGGUCAUCUCCAAUGAUGUAUGCGAUGAAUGGGAUCGUAGUUAAUGAAUUCAUGACGGACAGGUGGAAUAAGGCAAGUUACUCUUACGAAACAACACUAGGGAAAGCUAUCAUCACUUCUCGAGGGUUGUUCGCAGAAACUUACUGGUAUUGGAUUUCGAUCUUGGCAUCCAUUGGAUUCAUUUUUCUCCUCAAUUUAUGUUUCGGUUUGUCUCUCGAGUUUCUCGACCCUUUUGGGCAAUCACGAUCGACUGUAUCAACAGAGCCUAAUAGUGAGAACUCUGUUGAGUUAUCACCUACAGAUGAGAGAAAUCGAAGCAAGAAAAAAGGAAUGAUUCUUCCCUUCGAACCACAUUCAAUUACCUUUAAUGAUGUCAACUACUCUGUCGAUAUGCCUCAGGAAAUGAGAGAACAAGGAACAGAUGAGGAUAGAUUGCUGCUACUUAAGAGUGUGAGUGGAGCUUUUCGACCUGGUGUAUUAACCGCACUAAUGGGGGUGAGUGGUGCGGGAAAAACUACUCUGAUGGACGUUUUAGCAGGUAGAAAAACGAGCGGUUAUAUAGAAGGUGAUAUCCGGAUUUCAGGGUAUCCAAAGAAACAGGAAACAUUUGCUCGGAUAUCUGGAUAUUGUGAACAAAAUGACAUCCAUUCUCCUCAUGUUACUGUUUAUGAAUCCUUGGUGUACUCAGCUUGGCUAAGGUUGCCACCAGAUGUUAAUGAAAACACCAGAAAGAUGUUUGUGGAAGAGGUGAUGGAGCUUGUCGAAUUACAUUCGUUGAGAGAGGCAUUAGUAGGGUUGCCUGGUACCAAUGGACUCUCUACAGAACAGCGAAAAAGGUUGACCAUAGCAGUUGAGCUCGUGGCUAAUCCAUCUAUAAUAUUUAUGGAUGAGCCAACAUCUGGACUAGAUGCUAGAGCUGCUGCAAUUGUGAUGAGAACUGUUAGGAACACGGUUGACACAGGAAGAACAGUUGUGUGCACCAUUCAUCAACCUAGCAUCGAUAUAUUUGAAGCUUUUGAUGAGCUAUUCUUGAUGAAAAGAGGAGGGCAAGAAAUAUAUGUAGGACCUCUGGGCAGGAAUUCUUGCCAACUGAUACAGUACUUUGAGGAUAUCCCAGGGGUAAGUAAAAUAAAAAACGGAUAUAAUCCUGCGACGUGGAUGUUGGAAGUCACUACCACAGCUCAAGAAAUAGCUCUAGGAGUUGAUUUUGCCGAAAUAUACAAAAAUUCAGAACUAUUUCAGAGAAACAAGGCUCUUAUUGCUGAACUAAGUGUAGCACGUCCGGGAACCAAUGAUCUCUAUUUUGCAACCCAAUUCUCACAGCCUUUCUCUGUCCAAUGUAUUGCUUGUCUAUGGAAACAACGUCUGUCAUACUGGAGAAACCCACCUUACACUGCAGUCCGUUUUGCUUUCACUACCUUUAUAGCAGUCAUGUUUGGCACCAUGUUCUGGGAUCUUGGCCGUAAAAGGAAAACCCCACAAGAUCUAUCUAACGCGAUGGGUUCCAUCUAUGCGGCAACUCUCUUUCUUGGAGUCCAAAAUUCAUCAUCAGUGCAGCCGGUCGUUGACAUUGAGCGCACAGUCUUUUACAGAGAACGAGCUGCAGGGAUGUAUUCCGCUUUACCAUACGCUUGUGCUCAGCUUCUGGUGGAGAUACCUUAUGUUCUGUCGCAAUGCGUUGUUUACACUCUCAUAGUUUACGCUAUGAUUGGAUUUGAAUGGACAGCUUCCAAAUUCUUUUGGUACUUGUUAUUCCAGUUUUUCUCUUUACUCUACAUGACGUUUUAUGGCAUGAUGACUGUUGCCAUCACCCCAAACAACAACAUUGCCGCCAUCGUAGCAGCUUCUUUUUACGGCUUCUUUAACUUGUUCUCUGGUUUCAUCAUCCCAAGACCGAAAAUUCCUGUGUGGUGGCGAUGGUACUACUGGUGUAACCCGAUGGCGUGGACUAUUUACGGCAUGGUGGUAUCGCAGUUCGGCGACUAUGAUGACUUGCUUCUCGACGGAGAGACUGUGAAGGGAUACCUGCAUCGAUAUUUUGGAUACAAACAUAGCUUUCUUGGUACCAUAGCCGGAGUGCAUGUGGGAUUAGCUAUAGCUUUUGGAUUUAUAUUUGCUAUUUGCAUUAAAACCUUCAAUUUCCAGAAGAGAUAGAUCUACAGAAUUCAAAUGUUCUAAACUUCUAAUUUUUGUCAUGAAAUUUAAGCAAAAAUGUUGUACCGGCUUUU